AUGCUCGACCACAAGUCAUACCCGCACAUUUUCGACCGCAUUAUCAGCUACCUCGACAUCAAGGGGAUGCAGGCGAUUCGCGCGACCAACUUGGCCCUCAACGAACGGAUGUGCGCCAAGAUCUAUCGGCACGUCGUCCUUUGGCUCCCGCCCACUGCCGAGUACUGCAGCCAGAGCGACCCCCUCCUCAUCUUCGACCCAUAUAAUCACGAACCUCGCCUCCGUCUCGCCCCCUCGCGCCGCAGGGAUAGCGCCAACCCGGACUGCGGCGGCCUGUCCUUCAACGACGCAUUCGGCCGACUCGUCAGGUACACACGGGUCCUCGACAUCCCCUUCGGGCGCCGCGCAUACUCGGCGUCAUGGCUCAGUACCCUCCAGCCGCUCCUCGCAUCCGUCAUCUUCAUUCGGGAGGCGUCUGCCCAAGCUGAACGAGAUUGGCCCAAGGACAUUGUUCGGGACGCACAACGCAGCCUGUUUCUGUCCAUUGGUUCCCCCCUCUCACUGGACUCAGCAUACCGCCGGACGUUCUCGCUCACCUCCGGCCUGCACCGCCUCUCAAAGCAAAACGACGAGUUUGUCAUCCUCCUUUCCCUCGUCGAGGGCAUCGAAGGCGACUAUGAAGCCCGGCAGGGCCCUCCUGACCUGCGCUUCUUGUGGAUCCCCUGCUUCUCCAAGCCGACAUACGCCAAGGUGACGUUUGUGAACGUCGAUUCAAGCAGCACCACGGUACCGUCUGCGUCCGAGUGGGAGCACUACGUCCAGCAACUGGCCAGAGAUUGGGCCCUGAGUAACAUGGACGAGGAGCCCAUAUGCCCCUCUCACAUCAAGUGUUGCAAAAGGCGCGACUGCUGCGAGGCCCCUGACGGCCGCCGCCUCAACAAAACGAAGCUGUGCUUCGUGGACCCAUACCACCUCCGGCCCCUGCUUCUCCUGGACCGCGGUAUCCCGUCCUCGAAGCGUCAGCGCACGGCCGGUACUCCUUCCGGGGGCGUCUCGGUCAAGGAGGCUCUUCAGAGGCUCGCAAAACACACGCGAAUCCUCGAUGUCGACGGCGACGAGUCCCGGGCGAAACAAUUCCAAGCGAUUCUCCAGCCAGUCGUCUCCGGAGCCACUUGGACGCGCGGGGUUCGCUCAGGACACCCGGCUGGCAUCAAGCCCCAGCGAACGCUGUUCGUCACCAUCCCGAUUGGCCCUUUGUUGGAAUUCACGACGUUCGCCGAACGGUCGGUGACGACCAGCAACCUCUUGAAGACCCACGACGAGUUCGUCGUCGUCGUUACUCAGACCGAGAGGGAGAAUAUCAGGACGGAGCGGCCCUCCGGUAUUCGUGACGUUGCCCAGCUCAAUGACCUCAUCUGCUACGGUCUUUUCAGUCGCCCAACCAGCGUUUCGAAGUUGACGAUCGUCAAGGCCAACAAUGCCUCUGGAACGACGGGCGCCGAGUGGGACAAGUUCAUUGAUCAACUGUCCCAACGGUGGACUACCGACCCCGCCUACCGGUCUGUAACCUUCUCCCACACGACGGCCAAAGAGUUCCAGCGCGCGUCCGGCAUGACCGACCUCGAGCUCCAUCUGUUAACUACGCCGCCGGGUACCGCGAUUCCACUGCCACCCACGUGGAAGGUGUAA